GAGGAAGUAGGCGAGAGGCAGGGCUGGCUCCUGCCGCGUCUGUGUGUGUGUCUCUCUCUCUCUGAGUGUUCCGGCUCCGGAUCUCGGCCGGGGAAGUGAGCGGAUGGCGUGACUCCCACUGAACCCCUUUCCCCAACUCGGGAUGGGAACCAGCAGCACCGGGCUGAACCCCCCAGCGGGGCUGGCGACGGAUCUCAGUCCGCCUCUGGAGGCGUGGAGCUGCGGCUACUGCGGGAAGGACUCGUUCUGUGCCCAGGAGCCCUUGGUGCCUGGAAUGUGCCGCCGGGUGGAGUGGUGGAAGCAAAUACAUUUAAGAGACAUUUCCACAGGUCUCAUGGCUCACAAGCUCUCAGUCCACGAUUACCAGCUGCUGCUGAACAAAGGCUGGGUCAGGAGCGGGAAGUAUCUGUACAAAGCUGCUAUGCCCAUCACGUGCUGCCCCACCUACACAAUGAGGUGCCAUGUCUUGGACUUCCGGAUAUCCAGAUCACAGCGCCGAGUUCUAAAGAAGAUGCGGAAACAUUUAACACAAGUUGAUGCUAUUGUGAAAGAAACUGCUGCACUUAGCACUGAAGAGGACACCACGUGCCAUAAAGAGGAACCAUCGCCGGGACCUGGGCAGGUCAAGCUGACCACUGGGCAGACACCCUGGACUUUCUCUGAGAGGUCUGACGAAGACUGGUCAGAGGUAAACCACGUAUCUGACCAGCGGAGCGUGAACAGCAGCCAAACGUGGCCUGUUGAAGACACGACUUCUCACUGCCGCAAGACCAAGGAGAGUCGGAGGGAUCUGCUGAAGAGCCCCGAGAGGGGCCAGCAAGCGGAGCUGGAGCCUGCGGAGUCUGAACUGGUGGGACUGACGGAGCACAAGGUACCAGGUCAGGAACCAGCUCCUUCACAAGGUCCUCAGCCAUCCUUGUCACAAAUUUCCAUGAGUGCAGGGCACCCAUCUCCCAUCUCACAUCCACUCCAUUCCACGUCUGCACCCACCCGUGCUAGAUCACUAGAAGAGCUUAUCGAGGAGAGCACGCCAGCCACAGCUCAGCAUCAGCUGGAGGUGAAGUUGCUGAGACUUUCUCCACCCAGCCCUGAACUACAAGCCACCUUUGGUGAAUCAUACAAGGUCUACAAGCGCUACCAGAUGCAUGUGCACAAAGACACAGAGCUGAUGGCCUCAGAGGCUGAGUACAGAAGGUUUUUCUGCAGUACUCCGCUCCUGGGGGAGGAUCCUGCAGAUGGCCCAGACACUGGCUAUGGCUCUUUCAUUGAACAGUUCCUGCUGGACGGGAAGAUUAUCGCUCUUGGACUGUUGGACAUACUACCUGAAGGAAUUAACUCACAGUACUUGUGCUAUGAUCCAGAUUACUCCUCUCUCUCAUUGGGAGUCUACUCUGCUCUCAGGGAAAUAGCACUGACCCAAAGACUGAAUGAGAAGGUUCCAAGAAUGAAGUAUUAUUACUUGGGCCCUUAUGUGCAUUCAUGUGUUAAAGUAAAAUACAAGCUCCUGUACCAGCCAACAGAGUUGCUGUGCCCCGUGACUGGACACUGGGUGUCUGUGGAACAAUGCCUACCCAAGCUGGAGUUAAACAAGUUUGCCAAGCUUUACGAUGGGGAUGAGCCAGCUGCCGAUUCCAGCCUGUCCAGCGAAGGCCUUUGGUUUUUGCGGAAUUUCCGAGAAGCUCUGAGCCCCUCUUCCUCUGCCUCAGUUCAGACGGAGGAAGCCAUGCUGGUGGUAUCGCAGGAGGACCUGGUCUCGAUACGCUCCUCUUCCCUCUCAGCCUGGCGGAAGCACUUUCCCUGCCUUGGGCGCUUGCUGAGGUGCUGCUGCUGCUGCUGCAGUAGCUGGUGCAGCAAGGAGGCGGAGAGUUGACCAUUUCAACUGAACUCCCGGGGUGCAAUGUAGGUGCUGACAUUGAAAAGCAGGUCCUGUCAGUGAGCCAGGAGAGAGAUGGGGAAAGCUACAAAGCUGGUACUGAUGCACUUUUAAUGAGAGGGAAUAAAAGGAAAGCAAAAAAAAAAGGCCUUAAACAGGCACAGAAACUUUUUAUGAAACCACAUUGAUUACAAAAACAUCACCAAUCUACAGCAUGGGCCAAGUCCUAGUUUAUUUGGUUCUUGACAGUACAUUUAUUUUUAUUUCUUCAUCCCAAGGCUGUGCAGUCUCUCAGAUGCACACAGAAUCUUCUAAUCAACAGUUGCAAUUCUGCCAGAGUUUACAGAUGACAAGUAGUAAAGUGACAGACAGAAGGUGUAGUUGACCAGGAUAGUAGUUUAUAUGGUAUUUGUAACAAUCUUAAAUACAACUGGGUACUAACAGGGCUGAAAUUGAAUUCUGGCAACAGCACAAUGCAGACGGCGGUGGGAAUGUGAGAUGUAAAAUGGGUGAUGGUUUUGUUAUUGGAAACACAAGAGACUGAAGAUUCUAGAUUCUGGAGCAAUACACAAAGUGCAAGAGGAACUCAGCAGAUUAGGCAGCACCUUUGGAGGGAAAAGUACAGUCGACGUUUCAAGUCAAGACCCUUCACCGGGACUGUUUUGCUUUACCCAAGUCACCACUAGGAAUUUCACCCUCAAUAUUUAUGGCUUACACCAAACCAAGAAGACUUUGAGUCAAAAUAUCUCUGGCAAAAAUUUUGUGGCUAAUGUUUUGCGCUGAACACCUACAACAAUCAUCUGAUAAUGAGUUGUAGAGAGAACUUGGUGUGGCGAUACUUCUGUCUCAGAUAUGAAUGACAACUUGUUCAAACUACAAAAUUUUGAUUACAUUUGGUGGUGAUUUUCUAAUGAAGAAUUGUAAUUAAUAGAGGAGAAGGGGGGAGGUGAUUUGAUGUUUAGGAUUCUUUAUAAAAGGAGUAAAUAGCAGGACUUUACUGCUCUUUUUUUUUGUACAAUAAUUGUGAAUUGUUUGGCCAAGGGCCAUUGGAAUUAAGUGUUCAGAUUCUGCUGUAAAUCUGGAUAGCAUCCCAGUAGCAUUAUUGAAAAAUUUUUAGUAUAUAAAUCCCUGGAUAGAGUACCAUGUGUAAUCUAAGAGCUGCAUUAGUAAUGAAGCACAGCACUCAGUGAUAUGAUAGAUGCAGCUCACUCUGCCUUUGUUAUAAUUGUUAAUAUAAUUCAAUACUCAGGUGUUAUUUAACCAACAUCAUUGUAAAUCCAAAAAAGUGCCUGACGGGGAAUGUAUUUACAAGCAGUAAUGCGCCAAGGCCACUGGAUGGCAGUGGUGGACAUUUGCAGUUUCAUCCAGCAGCCAAAAAUCGAUAUUAAAACCAAAUAUGUUUAAAAUAUUUCUGCUCAGAAGCAAAAUUUGCUCAAAAAUAUUUUUCUCAGAAUAUUUCUGAGAAAAGCCAUGAUUACCAGACUCCCAAUUCACCUUUUCCUUAGCUGCAGUAUCUCCUUAGUCUGUAUGUAAUCCAUUUGGUCACAUUAAAUGUUGAUAUUGAUGUUUGUCCUGAGGUUUACAUAAGUUAACAUUCCUUGGACACUACCAAGAGCAACUCAGGAAAAUAAACAGGGAUAUUCAAACUGUUUAGUUUAAUGCUAUAGUAUACCUUAUUACUUAAAAAUGUUGCUUGUGAGUUAGCAAAUGACAAUUGAUUGACAGUAAAGAAUUAAUCAGGUUGAGGAAAAAUCUGUUCACCUUCUCAUUGGUGUAGGAAGGUCAAAGGUAGUGCUGUCAUAAGAAUAGGAAUGCCUGGAAACCAAUAGUAUGGAGACACUGGGAAAUCGGUGCCUGCCUCAUGGGUCCAGGAAUAUAUCCAGAAUUUGUCAUUGUUGUGCCUUGUUGUACUUCUAUGAGUUAUUUCUAUUUUGGAUACUGUACGUAUUUCAGUCUGUGAUUAAAUCUAACACAAAUGCUCUUGUUGAAAACUCUAAGUAAAAGCCAGAAAGAUUUUGACCAUUGGUGAAUCAGGCAUCAAGUGUGGGCUUCAAAGGCAGAAAAAAGGUGGAGAAUUGGAUCACUGAGAGAGGCGGCAGGAGUGGGUAAAUAUUUCAAGAGGUGACAACAAAGACAGAAUCAGAGCACAGGAAGAGCCCAAAUUCAGUGGAUGAUUAUGUUGGGAAGAGGUGUGUCACAACUAUACAUGAUCAGAAAGUGGUUUCAGUAGAAUGUUUUGCAUUUGAUAGAAAGAAGGGCACUGGAUGAAUCUACAUCUCUCUGUUUUGACUAUCACGGACACAGGAGGCUGAAUAGCUAUCUUCUCUGCAGUAAAUGUUAUCUGAUUUUCAGAGACACAACUCCAAAGUAAAGAAGACAUGUUGAUGUAUGCAUAGUUAUGAGAAUCUAUGAGGGAAAAUGCUAUUGAGUUUAUGAGCUAUUUUCUAGUGACAAGCAAUCUUUCUGAUCAGCUCUUAAGUUUCAAUUAAGACCUAAGGCUAAUGACAGGCAAGUACCACUUUAUUUACUGUGUAAUUUCUGAUAUUUAACAAAACAAAGGAAAAUUAUUAUAACAUUUGGUAUUCUAUUAUCACCAGUAUAAUAAAAUAAAUAUUCUGACUUAAUUCCAGAUAGGUGGGUGAGCAUAUAGCACCCCCCCCCCCACCUUGUCAUUAAGAAGUGCAAAGUUCCCCCUUCAGAGUUUUAAUAGAAUUGCUUUAUGCAAGGUGCAUUGCCAUGGUUACGAGAACAAAGAGUCUGUAAGCUUUAAAAUUCCUUUAGUCUUGUGGGUGGAAUUGGCCAGAAUGGAGUGCAACAUUUCUCCAUGGAACUAUUUUAAUUUGUUGCAUUGUCUUUCAACUCUUUCAUGCAGUGGCGUUGCCUCUAUCAGCUUUAUAGUCCUGGUUUAGGGUAAUCAGUUAAUUGAAUUGGUGUGCUACACCUGAUCAUGAGUUUAAAAACAGGAAAAUCGCCCAGAGCUCCAUUUCCUGAUUGUAGUUGCUCAUGAAUAAUUCAGUCUAUAUCUCAGCUAUGCAAUUCACAUUCCACAAUCCAGAGGACUGAAUAUCUUUUCUGGCCUUUGUCUGAUCUUGACCAGAAUACCAAACAUUUAUAGAGGCAUUUCUUCUUUCGGAGAAAAGAAUGAUGUAAUAACCAUUAAGUGCCGGAAACGUUCCAAUUUUGCAUCCUGAGGAUGUUAUACGACACUUGUGAACAGAGUAAGUCAUUUAAUAAAGGAUAAACUUGAUGGGAAUUACCCCUUAAAGGGGCAAACACAAACUCGCUCAUUCCGAAUGGAGCUCAGAGAUAUAUAUAGCCUGAACACGUAGCUUCGGGAUGCUCUCUCCAAUGUUUUAUUGACCAAUGAGUCAGACUUUAGCAAUACAAUCUUUCUAAAUGGUAGUAUUUUAACCUUGUGUAAAAUAAAUGAAUAAAAUUGAAUGUGGUUAUAUUUUC